UAUGUCAACUAUGUCCUUGUGUUAACAUUUUUUAUAUACUGAAUUGAUGAGUUAUCAAAUCAAGGCAGUUAUCAUCCUGACACGACCCUAUAUAUAUUAAUCAAUAACCUCAUCCAUCACUUUUGCAACAAACAUGAAGAAGCGAAUGAACCACUUGCUCCGGAAAUGCAAGACCCUUUCGCGGCAGCUGAGCCGGAGCUCCUCCUACACGAGCUUGAGAUCGAAAUCCGCCCGGGAAGAAGGUGGAGAGGAGAUCUUCGUGGGGAGCUCGCGGAGGAGGUACGUGAUCAGGUCGGAGCACUUGAGCCACCCGCUGGUCACCGCGCUAAUCGAGAGGGAUUCGGGCCCGGCUGCUGUGGUCAAGUGCGAGGUCGUGCUGUUCGAUCACCUCUUGUGGAUGCUUGAAAAUGCGGAUCCAAAUAUCGCUUCCGAUUCUCAUUCUCUCCAAGAGCUGGCCGACCUCUACGUUUACUGACCAUCGCCACUCUUCUAUACGUAUAAUUAUAUUAAACCUCCUUUUUUUCUCUCUCUCCUUUCUUCUAUAAUUAUAGAAUAAGAUUAUGUUCAAACUUUAUUCAUUCAUUGUCUUCAUUGCUGUUAAAUUCUCAUCUUGAAA